AUGCAGUGUAUGGCAAUAGUGUAAUACGAUGGAUGAUUCAAAGUGUUUGUUGUUAGAGUUCGUGAAUGAAAAUUGUUCAAUCGCAGUUGGUUUUCAAGAAUGGAUUCUUAUUCCACUAAGUGAGCAGAAAUUGUCACAUGCAAUUGAAAUGGGAAUUGAUACCUUAAUUAAAUGGCCUGAUUGUGAUAUUGAGCCAGCGUCUAAAAUGAAGAAAAAAGUUGAAUCGUGUAAUUGGAAAAAAUGUGUUGCUAUAAUUCUUGCUGCGGGCAGUUGGACUGAAAUGUGCGAGAAAGCAAAAACGCUCGUAGACUUGAAUGUUCUCGAUUCAACAAAAAGCACAAGAAAACUUCUAAAAAACAGAAAUGUACACAGUGGUAAAAAAAAUGAACAAGGAAUGAAAAGAAAUAAAGAGAUUUCAAAAAAGGGAAAAAAAGUCAAUUUGAAAAAAGUUACUAAUAUCAGAAAGGAUGAUUUUAUUAAGAAAUUGGAAGUCGCUAAAUCAAGAGGAACAACAAUAAGUGAUGACGAACUGUCCUCCGAUUCGGAUAAGUCGACUUCUAGUGAAUCUUCUGACAAUAGCGUAGAAUUGUUAAGAAAAAAAUUUAAACUUAUAGAGGAAGAAAAUUCAAACUCAAGAGCCUAAUACCACAAGCGUCAA